UGACCGGCGCCGCUGCGAGCAGGCCUAUCAGAGAGGAGGCUCUUCGCCCCUCCCACUCGCCCGCAGGCCCCAGCCUCGGCCAAUUACCGGGCGAGCGUGGACUGAGUGACGGGGCAGCAUCGCGGGCACCUGGAGGAAAAGGCGGGACGGGGCGGGGCGGGCACCGGGUUUCCCGCGGUCCGAGCUGGCACCCGCCGAGGAGAGAGCACUCUUAAAGGGCCAGCCUCCUCGCGUCCUUUUGUUCCGGGGCCGCAAGGCGGGGCAGGCCCAACUUUCGCAGUUUCCUCGCCUACUCUCCGGAACCGCCAUGAUCUCCCAGUUCUUCAUUCUGUCUUCCAAAGGGGACCCGCUCAUCUACAAGGAUUUCCGCGGGGACAGUGGCGGUCGGGAUGUGGCCGAGCUCUUCUACCGGAAGCUGACGGGACUGUCCGGAGAUGAGUCCCCGGUUGUCAUGCACCACGAUGACCGUCAUUUCAUUCACAUCAGACACAGCGGCCUCUAUUUGGUGGCCACGACUUCAGAAAACAUUUCUCCCUUCAGCCUCCUAGAGCUGCUCUCCCGGUUGGCCACUCUCCUGGGCGAUUACUGUGGCUCCUUGAAUGAGGGGACCAUCUCCCGCAACGUGGCUCUUGUCUACGAACUCCUGGAUGAAGUGCUGGACUAUGGCUACGUACAGACCACGUCCAUGGAGAUGCUGCGAAACUUCAUUCAGACAGAGGCUGUGGUCAGCAAGCCCUUCAGCCUUUUUGACCUCAGCAGUGUUGGCUUGUUCGGGGCAGAGACGCAGCAGAGCAAAGUGGCCCCCAGCAGUGCAGCCAGCCGCCCAGUCCUGGCCAGCCGCUCUGACCAGAGCCAAAAGAACGAAGUGUUUUUGGAUGUGGUCGAGAGGUUGUCCGUGCUCAUAGCCUCUAAUGGCUCACUGCUGAAGGUAGACGUGCAGGGAGAGAUCCGGCUCAAGAGCUUUCUUCCCAGUGGCUCUGAAAUGCGCAUUGGUCUGACAGAAGAAUUUUGUGUGGGGAAGUCAGAACUGAGAGGUUACGGACCGGGGAUCCGGGUGGAUGAGGUCUCCUUUCACAGCUCAGUGCUUCUGGAAGAGUUUGAGUCUCAUCGAAUUCUGCGCCUACAGCCCCCUCAGGGCGAGCUGACUGUGAUGCGGUACCAACUCUCAGAUGACCUCCCCUCCCCACUCCCCUUCCGGCUCUUUCCCUCUGUGCAGUGGGACCGAGGCUCAGGCAGGCUCCAGGUUUACCUGAAGUUACGAUGCGACCUGCCCCCAAAAAGCCAAGCUCUCAAUGUCAGGCUGCACCUUCCCCUGCCACGAGGGGUGGUCAGCCUGUCUCAGGAGCUGAGCGGCCCCGAGCAGAAGGCAGAGCUGGGGGAGGGCGCCCUUCACUGGCACCUGCCUCGGGUUCAGGGCGGCUCCCAGCUGUCAGGCCUUUUCCAGAUGGAUGUUCCAGGUCUCCCCGGGCCUCCCGGUCAAGGACCCUCCACCUCGGCCCCUCUGGGUCUGGGCCCUGCCAGCCUCUCGUUUGAACUUCCCCGGCACACGUGCUCCGGCCUCCAGGUUCGCUUCCUCAGGCUGGCGUUCAGACCCUGCGGCAACGCCAACCCCCACAAGUGGGUGCGACACCUGAGCCACAGCGAUGCUUACGUUAUCCGGAUCUGAGGCUCCCCAGACCAGGACACAGGCAGCAAAGGUGGUCGUCUGUGGAGCUGGAGAGGACAACCCUGUCUUUCCCACCUUGGGCCCGUGGCUGUGGAUCUGGCUGGAGAGUCCUGAGAGGCCCGGAGACGAGGCCAGGUCGGCAGGCUCCACCUUCCAGUGGUACCUGACACAGGAAGGGCCGAGGUGGAUCAGAACUUACAAAUCAGACUUUUAUUCUGAGGAACUGGCUGUACAAU